GUGGGAACGGCUCUCUGUGAGGAAGUUUCGCUGGAGAGCUCACUGGACUGUAUCUACUCGGGACUGGAUGCAUACCAGUAACGAUACCGACCGUCCGCAAGACUUCAAGCUCACGCGCUGCUGAUUGAUUCGAGUCCACAGGAGAGCAACGAUGAUACGCACUCAUUCACAAUCAAGUUAAAGCCGUUGUAUUUUUUUGUGCAUUUUGGAUUAAAACAGGUUCUAAAGUGAAUAUGGGUCCUGUUUGGAUCCUCCUAACCGCUUUAAUUGGAUACAGCACCAGCUUGCCCGGAGCAAAAGGAGCAUGUGUCCAUCAAGGCUCAUUGUUUGCGAACAAUACAUCAUGGAAACCAGACACCUGUCAAGACUGCAUCUGCUACAAUGAUGUUGUCAUCUGCAAACCCACUCGCUGCCAAAAUCCCCAGUGUGACUUUCAGAGGGGCGAGCGCUUGAGAAUCCCACCCAACAAGUGCUGUCCGGAAUGUUUCGCACAGUUGCCUGGGAUCUGUCAGCAUGAAGGAAUGGUUUAUGGGCAUAACAGUCAGUGGAGUGAUUCCAAAUGUUCGGUGUGCACAUGCUCUAAUGGGAAGGUGACCUGUGGGCCACGUGCUUGUCCUCCUCUUAGUUGUGGGAAAGACCAGAGUCCUUUCAUCCCAGAUGGAGACUGCUGCCCUGUAUGUGCUCAUAAUGGAGCCUCUUGCUCUUGGGAAGGCCGUCAGUACAGAGAUGGGGUGGAAUGGACAUCCAGCCCCUGUACAAAGUGUCGAUGCAAAAACGGUCGUGCUGAAUGCCUGGUUGCAGAGUGUCAGCCCGUUACAUGCAAAGCGAAUGAGAUUCUGGUGGUCCGGCCAGGACAGUGCUGUCCUCAAUGUGAGCCGAAUCCCUGCAUGGAGGCUGGGAAUGAGUACAAGCAUGGUGAGCAGUGGCAGAGAGGCAGCUGUACCACCUGUGUGUGCGAUCGCGGUCAUUCUCGCUGUCAGACAGAGAAGUGUCCUCCUCUCCACUGUGACAAGGGUCAGACGAAGGUCAAGCGAGCUGGACAGUGUUGUGAAGAUUGUGUCUCAUCAAAAGGCAGCUGCCUCUAUGAGGGCAUUGCCCGUUACCAUGGUGAUAUGUGGAAUGGCACCGGUUGUGAGUUCUGCAUGUGUGAACGGGGUCAGGUGCUGUGCCAACGGGUCGAGUGCGCCAGAUCAGAGUGCCCACGGGGAGAAAAACUGGUCCAUUUGCCUGGGAAAUGCUGCCAGAGU